AGCCCACACGCACUUUCCAUUUUCUCACACCCCUCCCCCUGACAUCAGAGGAGGCAGAGGCGCUCCUUCGCUCCGGCCCAAAACUCCACUUACAAAGCCCGACAUUAUAUCUGUCAGAGGGGAGACCUGCAUGGACAAAACCGGGACUUAUACCAAUGUUUUCCUGCGUUUUACGGCGAUGAGGAAUUCCAGCGGCUUAGCACACCUCCAAUUACCAAAGAAGGGGCUAUUAAGCUCAAUUAUUUGUUAGAAAAAGAGUGGGAAAGGAGAAGGGGCGUGCAUGUUACUCGGUGGGCUUCAUUUCCUCGGUGCUGCAGAGCAGGAGCUGGAUGACAUGAUGCUGCAGAGCCCGCUCACCUCCACGCCGUUUUCUGUCAAGGAUAUCCUGAAGCUGGAGCAGCAGCAGCAGCAGCAGCAGCAGCAGUCCGGCUCCCUGGACCUCCAGCACCGGGCCCACACCCAGCAGCAGUUAACAGGGUCUCCUCCUCAGCAGCAGCAUUUCCAAACACCGCCGUCCUGCAUGCUCGCUGGGGCCCGGGACAGUCCUUCCUUCUCGGACGGGGAGGACAACUUGGCGUACCUGAGCGCACUGGCGGUGCGGGAGGAGGACCGAGGAGACACCAGUUUGUCCCCGGACAUGUACGGUCAUCCCGGGCUGCAGGGAGCCAAGCUGGAGGCCGCCGAGCUGGACGAGCAGGAGAACAAGAGCUGUGGCUUGGUGUCCCGAGAUGAGGCAUCGGAGGGCGGGCAGGGAGACUCCGAGCGGCCGGUGCAGAAGCAGAGGAGCCGGCGGAGACCCCGGGUGCUCUUCUCCCAGGCGCAGGUCUUCGAGCUGGAGCGGCGCUUCAAGCAGCAGCGCUACCUGUCCGCCCCUGAGCGGGAGCACCUGGCGACCACCCUCAAACUCACCUCGAACCAGGUGAAGAUCUGGUUCCAAAACCGCCGCUACAAGUGCAAACGGCAGCGGCAGGACAAGUCUCUGGAGGCGGCGGGGCAGCACCACCCUCCGCCGCCGCGCCGUGUCGCAGUGCCGGUGCUGGUCCGAGAUGGGAAACCCUGUCUGGGCGGCGCGCAGAGCUAUGCAGCCGCUGCUGCUCCUUACGGAUCCAACCCGUACAGUUAUAACGGAUACCCGGCGUACACAUACAACAGCCCCGCAUAUAACACCAACUACAGCUGCACAUACACCAGCAUCCCCGCCCUCCCUCCGUCCGGCUCCUCCAACGCCUUCAUGAACAUGAACUUGGGAAACGUGAGCGGCCUCGGCGGCUCCCCACAGGCCCAAACACAUCAAGGGACAGCGGUCACAUCCUGUCAGGGCUCCCUGCAGGGGAUCCGGGCCUGGUAGCCUCACCACAAACUCUUUUUUAAUGGAGCUUUUUCAUUUUGGUCAUUUUUUUUUAGAAGUGUGUAAACUUGGUCAAAACGCCUCAGAAAACAGUGUUGCUUGUAUAAAGGAUGUGAGUUUGGAUUCACCUGUCAGAUUAGAUGAAAUUUCAUCCACAUGUCCGGCUAACUCGAGUGUAUUACAGCCUAAAUUUGUGGGCGCAAAAAAAGCUAAGCGUCAACACAGAGGCACACGAACAGUCACAGCUUGGGUGAAAUUUGAUUUUGUGGUCCGAAUAUUUGUUGGUGCUCUAGUUUGGCACUGAAGCGCAGAGGAGGAAAUUACGCACAAGAUUGCGCAUUUCUCCUUAUUGAACUCAAAAGAUGAUUUUUUUUUUUUAAACAUUUGUUUUAACAUGUUUUUAGGCUCUGGAGAGACUGAAUUGCUUUAAAUUGUUUUUUUUUCCGCAGAAAAUAAUUGUUUUAGUCUAUUUCACAUCUAUUCAAAUAAAUCAGAGGAAUGAGAAAA